AUGUUAUGGAAUGUAUUUGAAUAUUUACAACAGUUUUUUAAGGAACUAUCUUAAAAAUCACUGAGUGGAUUGAUGGCAGUAAAAGUUGCAUUAACCAUACUUUUGGUUUUAUAUGAGUUUUAAAUAGGAGAAAUAGUAGCUGAGGAAAUGAUCUCAAGCAACCAUAAACUGUAAGUAAUUUAGACUCAGAGUCAUGGGCAAAUGUACAGAAUUAUUUGAUGUACCUAUUCAAGUUGGCUUAGAAUGUAAAAUUAUUUUAUUCUUGCAAAAUUGGAUAAUACCAAACCUUUGAUCAGUAGGUCACUUACACUUAUUAGACCGAAUCUACUUGGGAGAAUCAAAUACACUAGUUUAAAAUCUUCAAGAAGCAACAAAACUUUAAAGUUACAAAUCUACAAUAUCGAGAAUAUCAAUAGAAGAAGCUAGAAAAUCAUUUAUCCAACAAAACUGCAUCUAGAUUUUGAAUUUGUGUAUAGGUGUGUGUUAAAUAGAAAAAUAAGACAUAAAAAACAUAUAUGUUGAGAUCAGUUGUGUCCUUUGGAAUGAUGCCAUGCUUUAGAAGUAUGUCUAUAAUAAUAUUAACGAAUCUUAGAUGUGCAAAAUGCUUGAUUCAUUUCGAUUCUUGCCACUUUAAUAACUAUAAUCAUUAUAAUAGGUAUAUUGGGCUACCACUAAUUCUACAAAGAGUAUUAAGUGGAUUUAUAAUAAUAGAAAGUACUUCGAUAAUUAAAAUAUUGUUAAGCAGCCAUCUUGGUUUGAAGAGAAUAUUCAAAUUAAUAGAGAAAUACAAAAUAGUAUAAUUGAUACAUUUAAAAUAACAUUAUUCCUAGCCUUUUCAAAAAGGUUACUUUCCUAAUUAUCCAGUCAAAGGCUGGCCAAUAUAUUAUUAGGCGUAUUGAUAUCUUACUACAAUACCCUGGAUGAUUUGUGUGAAUUUAAAGCGCUAAAUGUUCUUUAGUUUGGAGUUGAACAAGGAGAGUUGAAUACAUCCUAUGAACAAUUAAGAGGUAUUUAUCUAGAAUGAUCCUAACUAUCUGAUUAUCUGAGUAACUUUA